AGCUGCUUUUAGAUGAUGUGGCCCUGUGUGCUGCUCUGUGGUUCUUCUCCGUGGUGUAGAGCAGCUGCUGGAGCUGUAGUUCAUGUUAAAGUCUUCAAAAACACUCUCUGCUCUCUGCUCUGACUCGGUGUCUGUCUCUCUGGAGAAUGCCUUAUUACCAGACGUGGGAGGAGUUCGCCCGGGCGGCGGAGAAGCUCUAUUUAACCGACCCGAUGAAGGUCAGAGUUGUGCUUAAAUACAGACACUGUGAUGGAAAUCUGUGUAUGAAAGUCACUGAUAAUGCUGUGUGUUUGCAGUAUAAGACUGAUCAGGCGCAAGAUGUAAAGAAGAUUGAGAAGCUGCAUGGGAAACUGAUGAGAUUAAUGGUUUCCAAGGAGUCCCACAGUGGUGCAAUGGAAACGGACUGAGUAAUCUUUUGGGACUUUUAAUUUUUGGAUAGCAGUAUGUAUCUGCUCUGCUGACAUUAUUUGAAGAUCAUGGAAUUUAAGAGCCCUGUUUUUGGAGUAUGACAACUGGGAGGGUAGAGGAAACCGAUGUCCUCAGCUGCAUUCAGCGAUCUCCUCAUCCUGAUAUUUAUUUUCUGGUCCCGGUUGGACUUAUUAUUAGGCAGUGAUCUUGUAUUAUACAUUGCUGGGUGACCAGUUUUUUUUCUGAUUCUAGGUCACACAGAGCUUGAUUAGCUUAUACCUGGAAACAGCAACUUUUCAGUUAUUUUGGAAGAGUCUUGUUUGUGUUUACUAGCUCCAUUCCUGGGGGCACAAAUGCACUGCAUGAUUGUUUGUUCCUGCUUUGAAACAAAAUGCUAAAUGCAGCUUAUAAAGAAGUUGACCAUUUUUAAGUUAUAUGACACUCAGGCAGGAAAACAUAUCUUGCAGGUGGAGUACAGGACUGGAGCUGGGUCUUUUAGUGAUUAUGUUACCAGUAUGUUGGGGCUGCCAGCAAAUACACAAACCUGAACCUUCUGAGAGGUCCUGAAAACUAGUGUCAGAACCACUGAUUUGUACUUACUCACUGGACCUUUACUUUCACCCAAGUCUUCUGUUAAUGGUGCAUACAUCUGGAAUAAAUUUCUUUCUUUUUUGA